AUGCAGGCUCCCUACACCUUAAUUUACGCACUCUACCUACACAACAUGCACUCUCCAGCUACCUACACCUUCAUUAACUUACUCUACCUACACAACAUGCACUCUCUAGCUCCCUACAUCUUUUUUAACUCACUCUACCUACAAAACAUGCACUCUCCAGCUCCCUACAUCUUUAUUAACUCACUCUACCUACAAAACAUGCACUCUCCAGCUCCCUACAUCUUUAUUAACUCACUCUACCUACACAACAUGCACGCUCCAACUCCCUACACCUUCAUUAACUCACUUUACCUGCACAACAUGCACACUCCAGCUCCCUACACCUUCAUUAACUCACUCUACCAACACAACAUGCACACUCCAGCUCCCUACAUCUUUAUUAACACAUUCUACCUGCACAACAUGCACUCUCCAGCUCCCUACACCUUCAUUAACUCUCUCUACCUGCACAACAUGCACACUCCAGCUCCCUACAUCUUUAUUAACACACUCUACCUGCACAACAUGCACUCUCCAGCUCCCUACACCUUCAUUAACUCUCUCUACCUGCACAACAUGCACACUCCAGCUCCCUACAUCUUUAUUAACUCACUCUACCUACACAACAUGCACUCUCCAGCUCCCUUACACCUUCACUAA